CGUCCGCGGAAGGAAAUAGUGCCUGGCGCGUAGGGAUCGGGAGAGACGUGUGUCGCACGCGGAACAAGAUUUUGACACUUUAUUACAGACAUACAUAUGUCCUAGCGGAUAACUACUAAGAUGAAUAGUUUAGUUGUGUUCUUUUUGCCCAUCUUCUUACAUCAAGGAUAUGCGGGAAACAAGGCUCCCAACCUGAUUGUGUUACAGCCUCCUCGCGUCACGUCUCUGCACGUCACCUCCCAGAUCAAGUACCGCUUCGCCUCCACCCGCAUCACCAGUAAGCUCGCCAACGACGGCGGACUUCCAAGCGAGGCCGUGUUUGAUGUCAUCAUUCCUAGUGAAGCCUUCAUAUCAAACUUCUCACUGGAGAUAGACGGCAAGACGUACACAGGAGUUGUACGGGAGAAGACCUCCUCCAGCAGUGUACGCAUAAAGACCAGGCGACGUGGCCCGUCAGCAGACAACCAACACAAGAUCAGACCACGGGAUACAAACCGCUUCACAAUUGGCGUUGACAUUGCACCAAUGUCCGUAGCGACGUUCCACCUGACUUAUCAAGAGGUACUUCAACGCCGACUGGGAACAUACAAGCAGGUGACGUACAUCGACCCUGGCCACCCCGUACCCGACCUUAGGGUGGAUGUGACAAUCCAGGAGUCACGUGACCUCACUUACCUCAAGGUUCUACCUAUCAAAAACAGCAACUUUGUGACCGACGUCGAUAUAACUGAGAUCGACGCCGAGUCUAUGGUGACCAUGCCGACUAGGAACACAGCCUACAUUCGCUACCAGCCGUCCAUUGCAACUCAACAGAACGCCAGCGCAGGAGACCUCCCGGCAUCCCUUGUUGUAGAGUAUGACGUCAGUAGGGGCAAGGAUGCAGGGGAUGUUCUUGUUGUCAACGGUUAUUUUGUCCAUUUCUUUGCACCCAAGAUUGACAAUGCUGUGUCGAAGGACAUUCUUUUCAUUCUGGAUACAAGCUCGUCCAUGGCCAUUCGGAAGAUGCAACAGCUUAAGCUCGCCAUGACAGGCAUCCUGCAGGAUCUUCGAGUCGGCGACCGCUUCAACAUCCUCGAGUUCAACACCCAGGCGGACUUCUGGCAGGACAACCAGCUGCUUUCUGUGUCCGAUGAGAAUGUCAAAACAGCUGUUGACUAUGUGACUAACCUUUACUCUAAUGGAGCUACAAACAUCUAUGAAGCGCUGGUCAACGGUUUAGAGUUCAUGAAUCAGCACGCAAGCGAAAACAGGUCACUUUUAAUUUUCUUGACCGAUGGACAAGCUUCUACGGGAGUUACUGGUAAUGAAGCUAUCUUGUCGAGCGUUAGAUCUCGUAACAUCUACGAGAUUCCGAUUUAUAGCCUUGCCUUCGGGGACGACGCUGAUUGGUCGUUCGUGAAAACAGUCGCCAUUCAGAACAAUGGCGUGGGGAGAAGAAUCUACGAGGAAUCGGACGCUGCUCUUCAGAUUACUGAUUUCUACAAAGAAAUCGCGACUCCCAUUCUAAGCGGAGUAGAAUUUACAUAUUUAGAAGAUGCAGCAAAUGAGACAACGGUGACCAAAUCGUCCUUCAAAAAUCUGUUCAAUGGUUCUGAGGUUGUGGUUGCUGGGCAACUGGCCAAAGAUGAUGUAGGUGUUCUCUCCCUUGUUGUCAGCGGUAACAAUGACGGUGAAAUUGUCGACUUAAAACUCAAAGCCGGUGUAGAAGAACUUAUUCCAGCUGAUGAAACUGCCAGGGAAAUUGAAAUGACACCUUUCGAGGAGGUAACGGAAAAGAUAUGGGCGUAUCUGACCAUAAAGGAUCUUAUCAGACAGUACGAAGGUGCAAUGGAUCAAAGCCAAAAAGAAAUUCUGAAGAAAAAGGCAGUGGAAAUGUCCCUUAAGUAUAAUCUCGUCACCCCACUGACGUCGAUGGUUGUGAUACAGUUCGAUGGUGACGUACUUGAGGAGCGCCCCCUGCAGGAGGAAAGCGAUGCAGCUGAGGAUGCGGGCGGCCGGGGUGGUUGGAGUAGCAGAGGUGGGAGGGACCCGCACUUCAUGCUGAAGACGGCAUGGCUAGAUGAUCAGUUGUGUUUCGACGUCACUGGCAAGCCGCACGAUGUGUUCCAGAUCAUCAAGGAUCCGCUGCUCGGUUUGACUAUCAACAUCCAGGUGAACAGAGGCCACAGCACGGGAAGGACAUACAUUGUCAAGGUCGGCAUCAUUCUUGACGGCCUGACGCUGACGGCGACGCGAGAUGACAUCAGGGUGAACAGGUGGAGGCAUACGUGGGCUGAUGACAUUCUCCACAAGAUGCCCAAAGCUGUCAUCAUCAGCCAGCACAACGUGAGGUCGGUGAAGGUCGGGCUUGAGGGAGGCUUCAGUGUCGUCAUCUUCAAGCAUGUCCCCAGCAACUCUGGGGCUGGGGAGGAGUUUCUCAACAUUGAGCUUGAUAAAGAAGGGAAACUUUCCAGAAACACCACAGGGCUGCUUGGCCAGUUCGUUCACAAGAGACUGAUCAUGAAGCGCCCGAGGAGAGUUGGGGACAAGAUUGUGUCGCAGCUGGAACUCCAUACACACAAACGUGUGGUCCGGGGUCUCGCAGAAUUGCAAAUGAGACGAGAUCCAAUCUUCGAGACAAUGUCUCGGUGUUGGGAGGUGCAUCCUGGGAAGGGUGCCUUUGCACUGUCACAAAAACAUUUCUUAGUAAAAAAUAUCAAAUCCAAAUGACGCUCAACAAGACAAGACUUGUGUGUAAAACAUAUUCACGGAGAAUAGUGAUGGUAGAGAUAUGAUUCAGCAGGUAUGUAUUCAUAGUAAGUCCUACGCUAUGCCAUAUUUAUACAUUUGACUUCAGAGCAAUUAGCUAGGGGUCAUUCAGGGGCGUCGGUUUCAACCAACUGCAUGCCGAUGAUAUUUAGCCAUGAUGACGUGACACGUCACGGUGACGUGACACGUCACGGUUUGGUCCACGUAUCUGUGAUUCAUGUAAUAUUGUAAUCAUACUUCACUCUAGGGCCCAAUGAAUAUUCACAUUAUAUGGCCCUCCGGUUAUUACACCAUUGUUACCACUGUAAAUAGUGACCAUGCGCAAGGACACCAAUAUGUAGGUGUUUAUCACUACAGGACGACGUCAGCACAGAGCACCAGUACUGAUUAUAAUUGACAUCCGUAUUGUAAUCAUUGUUCGUGUACUACUGCAGUUGUCAUUACUCUAGAGUACGCAUCGUGUAUGCCCCUUCCGUGCAGCGAGAUAUAAGGCUCAGAUACAUGCUGAAUGUGUAUAGUGUAUACUUGUACAAGAAGAAUGUGAGCACAAAGUUGAAAAAGAACAAUAUUUUGUGCUUUAAUACUUUGCUCUGACCGUUUUAUUUCCUUGUCAUCCUGUGCAUUCGAACAGAAGUCUAUUUGAAGGAUUACUUAUGUAGAUGUUGACUAAAUGAAACUUUUUUAUGGAUAGCAAUUUCUUUUUUUCUUUGUACGACGUUUCAGAGCUACGUCUUGGCCCUUGUUGAUGAAGGAACACAAAGUAGCUCUGAAACGUCGUACAAAGAAUAAAAGAAGUUGCUAUCCAUGAAAAUGUGUCGUGUAUUCAUGUUCUUCCAACUUCUAAAUGCCUAUCAAAGAUGUUAUGUAGAUGUUGUUACUGGCAAGGUAUUGAAUGUAACAUUAUAUAAACAUAUGUAAAAUAA